AUGGCGUCAACCGACAGAGAUACUCUGCCUGACGUGGCCAAACCCAUCAACUACCAUGUCUCCCUCUUUGAUUUACAGCUCGGUAGCUCCUGGGAAUACAAGGGCGUGGUGAAGAUCGACGCCAAGGUCACCCGUCCCACCAAAGAAAUUGUUAUGAACUCGAAAGAGAUAAAUGUCCAGUCUGCCGAAGUACUGGCCAAGGAUGGCACUCGACUCGCAAAGGCCAGCGAAAUAACCUAUGACAAGGAGUCAGAGCGCGUUUCUUUGAAGUUCACUCAUGAAAUCUCGUCGGAGAAUAUUGUGCUUUUGGUCGACUUCAUCGGAACCAUGAACAACGUUAUGGCAGGUUUCUACCGGUCCAAGUAUAAGCCCGUGGGGGAGCCGGCCGCCGACACACCGAAGGAAGGCGACUUCCACUACAUGUUGAGUACUCAAUUCGAGUCUUGCGACGCACGCAGGGCCUUCCCUUGCUUCGACGAGCCCAAUCUGAAAGCCACGUUCGAUUUCGAGAUCGAGAUCCCCAAAGGCCAGACGGCGCUCAGCAACAUGCCCGUUAAAUCCGAAAGGGCUGGAAGCCACGCCGGAUUGAAAUUCGUUACCUUUGAAAAGACGCCCGUGAUGAGCACCUACCUUCUGGCCUGGGCUGUGGGUGACUUCGGGUACGUUGAAGCCAUGACCCAGCGUAAGUACCAAGGAAGGAGUAUUCCGGUCCGUGUCUACACGACGCGAGGUCUGGAGGACCAGGCUCGCUUCGCACUGGAGUGUGCCCAUCGGACGGUUGAUUACUUCUCCGAGAUUUUUGAGAUCGAGUAUCCGCUGCCCAAGGCAGACCUCUUGGCCGUGCAUGAGUUUGCUAUGGGGGCUAUGGAGAAUUGGGGCCUGGUGACUUACCGGACGACAGCUGUUCUCUUUGAUGAAGGAAAGUCGGACAAUCGGUAUAAGAACCGAAUUGCCUAUGUGGUAGCUCACGAGCUGGCUCAUCAGUGGUUUGGUAACCUCGUGACCAUGGACUGGUGGAACGAACUUUGGCUGAACGAAGGUUUUGCAACCUGGGUCGGUUGGCUGGCUGUCGAUCAUUUCUAUCCGGAUUGGAAUGUCUGGUCUCAGUUUGUCGCUGAGGGUGUGCAACAAGCAUUCCAUCUCGACUCGCUGCGGGCAUCCCACCCCAUUGAAGUGCCCGUCCGGAAUGCUCUCGAGGUGGACCAGAUCUUCGACCAUAUCAGCUAUCUGAAAGGAAGCUCGGUCAUUCGCAUGCUGAGUGUCCACCUUGGGCAAGAGACUUUCCUUCGAGGAGUCGCUGACUACCUCAAGUCGCAUGCAUACGGCAACGCAACUACCAAUGACCUGUGGUCCGCUUUGAGUAAGUCGUCUGGCCAGGACGUGCACGGCUUCAUGGAUCCUUGGAUUCGCAAGAUUGGGUUCCCGGUUGUUACCGUGGCAGAGGAACCUGGUCAAGUCAGUGUUCGCCAAAACCGAUUCUUGUCUACGGGAGACGCAAAGCCCGACGAGGACGAGACUACCUGGUGGAUCCCUCUUGGUAUCAAAUCAGGCCAAAAGCUGGCUACUGUAGAUACUCGUGCUCUCACUGAAAAAUCUGAUACCGUGAGCGGUAUUGGCGAGGAUGGCUUCUACAAGAUCAAUAAGGAUUUGUCUGGCUUUUAUCGGACGAACUAUCCACCUGCACGUCUGGUCAAGUUGGGCCAGUCCCUUGACCUUCUGAGCACGGAGGACAAGAUCGGCUUGGUGGGAGACGCAGCUGCUCUUGCGGUUUCUGGUGAAGGCACCACGCCGGCCUUGUUGGCUCUUUUGGAAGGAUUCAAGGGCGAGCAAAACUACCUUGUCUGGUCCCAGUUGUCGUCAUCGCUGGCCAGCCUCCGGUCCGUUUUCUCCCAGAACGAGCAGGCUGCUGAGGGGCUGAAGAAGUUCACCCGGAAUCUGGUAGCUCCGGCUGCAGAGCAGAUUGGCUGGGAGUUCCAGCCCAACGAGGACUAUCUUACUGUUCAGCUUCGCAAGCUUCUGAUUGCGAUGGCAGGAAAUGCUGGUCAUGAAAGCAUCGUCACGGAAGCCAAACGCCGCUUCGACCUCUGGGCUACUGGGCAAGACAAGAGUGCCGUGCAUACCAACCUUCGUUCGGCGAUCUUCAGCUUGAAUGUGUCGGAGGGUGGUCAAAAGGAAUACCAGGCUGUCAAGGAGGAAUACCUCCGAACAGACUCGGUGGACGGUAAGGAGAUCUGCCUGGCUGCCAUGGGUCGCACCAAGGACCCAGUUCUGGUACAGGACUACUUGGACUUUGUCUUUUCGGACAAUGUGGCCAUUCAGGAUACCCACAGCGGCGCGGUGUCCUUGGCUGCCAACUCCAAGGCGCGGCACCUUUUGUGGGAGUACAUGAAGACGAACUGGGCCUCGGUGGAAGGCCAUCUCUCGUCCAACAACGUGGUAUUCGAACGGUUCGUCCGCAUGGGCCUGUCCAAGUUUGCUGACCACAAGAUUGGCGAGGACAUCGCAAGCUUCUUCAAAAGUAAGAAUACAGGGGCCUAUGCUCGAGCUCUGGUCAUCGUGUCCGACAACAUCCGAACCAACGCAUCUUACAAGGAUCGCGACGAGGCUUUGGUUUUGGAAUGGCUGCAGGCUCAUGGCUAUGCGUGA